AUGCACAACAAAACGCAUUCUGAAAUAACCAAGUGGAUUGAUGUCCUCCGGACACAGCAAGGAGAUAAUUCCACCACGAGGCUCAGGAAAUACCAGUACACUGAUCACCCAUCCAUCCAAGGUCCCUGGACUCCAUUCACAUUUAAAAACCCAGCGCUCAAUACUGCAGAGCUACCGAACCAGGCAUACGGAGCAAAUGACAGGUUACCGAUGUCAGCUACAGAGCAACUUCGGUUGAUGUUCGAAGCUCAGAAACUGGGUAAAAAUGAAGAAUUAAAGACCGCAGAGUGA